AUGGUUUCUAUUGCAUUAAAAAAUUUAUGGAAAACAUGUAUUCGUACAUUAUGGAGAUUAAUUCAAUUACUACUGUUUAUUAUUAUUGUGCCACCAUUGAUUAAUUAUGCAUCAUUGAAACGUGAAGCACCUUUACUAGGACAACACGGUUUACCAUAUGAUAUUGGUCAUGGUCAAAAAUUAUUUUUACGUUGUCGAGGACACGGUUCACCAACGGUUAUUUUUGAUGCUCCAACUGGUAUGAAUUCGGAUAUUUGGCUUCCUCUUCAAGAAAAUCUUAAGAAGACAACAACGGUAUGUAUCUAUGAUCGAGCUGGAUUAGGUAUGAGUGAUCCACCAUUAAGUUUGACAUUUAAACAAAAAUCAAAUGAGAAAGAAGAUAAACCAAUGAAACAUCGUGGUAUGGAUUUCACCGUAGAAAAAAUGUCUGAAGAUCUCAAUCGUCUUGUAAGUGUAACAAGUCAACAACCAAAACCAUUUAUUUUAGUUGGUGCUGAUCUUGGUGCUAUUGUAACUCGUUUUUAUGCUCAAAUGUAUGAAUUUGAUAUUAGUCAUUUAUUUUUAAUUGAUCCAUUGGUUGAAACUUUAUUUGAUAAUGAACAAUGGAAAGAUUAUUGGUAUAAUAAAAUAAUUCCUCGCCUUCAUGCUAUGCAACUAUCAGCAGCUGUUGGUGUCAAUCGAAUUCUUGUUUUAACACAUAUGAUUAAUACUCCAUUGGUUACAAAAAUAUCUGAUAAUGUAGACGAUAACAACAUAAAUAUUAAUCAUCGACAAAAACAUUUACUUUGCAAUGCCGCUCAUAUUAGUUCAGCUAUUCGAGAACAUUUUUAUAUGAAUGAAACAUUUUCACAAAUGAAAUUAGCAUGGCGAAUGAAAGCUUUUCCUUCAAAUGUAUCUGUAACAAUUGUUAAUCGUCGUCAAUAUGAUAAAAAUCUAUCAAAAGAUUUAAAUAAAAUAUGGGAUGAAUCACAAGAAUAUCUACGUAUACAACUAUUUCAUAAUCGUAUUCAACAUCGGUUUAUUGAUUCUAAUGAUAAAUAUUUUAUCUUUAAUAAACCAGAUCUAUUAGAAUCAUUAAUUAAAGAUUCAAUAAGUCAAUGGCGAGAACAAAAAGGACUUGCAUAA